UGUGGCAGGAGGAGAGCGAAACACGACACCCCGACAGAGGAAGGGAGGGGGGUGUUGAGAUAGAGCACGAAGUGAGUGAGUGAGUGGAAAAAGAAAAAGUCCGUGCCGGAGAAAGAGAGGCGCAGAGAAAAGCACAGAAAGAGUUCGGCUCGGGUUUUUUUUUUCUUCUUUUCGCUUGUUCCUGACACAAGAACCGCUUCUUCUUCUUCUUCUUCUGCUGCUGCUGCUGGUGGAGAGGACGAUGAUGAUGUGGAGGAGGAAUCGACCAUGCGACAUCGUUGCAACAAACGGGAUGAAGAUUUAGUCGUUUGCAUUCCGUUGCUCCAGCACCGACACACGGCAGCACGACUCCUCCAAACUUCGACCUGCCUGCGCCAUUCAGACCCAGGCGACUGGACAACUUUCCCCUCAUCAGAACCCCUCUUCGUUUCAAUCAAAUACUCCCAUUUUAAAACUUUUUUUUUUUUUUUUUUUACAACAAGCCCCUGAUGUGUCGAGAUAAAAAAAAAAAACACGCAAGCUCGUGUUGAGUUAUUUUUUUUAAUAACUUUUAAGCCUCUUUCCUGAAGGAGAACAACACCGGAGGAAGGAGUGGGGUGUCACUGCUAACUUCGCGGAGCUAACUUCGCUAACUAACGGCCGGCUAACUUAAAAAAAAAGAGUCUGAAAGUUACGAGUCGACGAAGAAAGUCGCCGAGAAGACGGCAACGAAGAUGAAAACCCCGGGAGACUCCGGGUUUGCCUUCCCGGAUUGGGCAUACAAGCCAGAGUCGAGCCCGGGCUCCAGACAGAUCCAGCUGUGGCACUUCAUCCUGGAGCUGCUGAGGAAGGAGGAGUACCACGACGUCAUCGCCUGGCAGGGAGACUAUGGAGAGUUUGUCAUCAAGGACCCGGACGAGGUGGCCCGCCUGUGGGGGGCCAGGAAGUGUAAACCCCAGAUGAACUAUGACAAGCUCAGCCGAGCACUAAGAUACUACUACAACAAGAGGAUCCUGCACAAGACCAAAGGGAAGAGAUUCACCUACAAGUUCAACUUCAACAAACUCGUGCUGGUUAACUACCCCUUCAUCGACAUGGGCACCGGUCGAGGAGUCCCUCAGAGUGCCCCUCCGGUACCAACAGGAGGCUCUCACUUCCGUUUCCCCCCCUCCACGCCCUCUGACAUCCUCUCCUCCAGCGAGGAGCUGCGCAGCCCCGGCAUGUUCAGCAGCGUGGCUCGCCGUAUGGCCCGCGGCUCUGUGAGCGACUGCAGCGACGGCACCUCCACCAACUCUGAGCUGGAGGAGGCUGUGGGAGCUGAAGAGCGAGGCGUGGGGCCAGAUAGGGGCUUCAGGGGCCUUCUGCCUCCCCGUCUGCCUCAUGAUUCUCUCUUCAGGGUCUACGGCGGGGCCCACAAUCCUGCUGGGCUCGCCAGACCUUCCCACAGAGUCCACCAAGAUCCUAUGUCUCCAUUCCCUGUGUCCCCCCUGCCUGGCCCUGGAGGUCUCCUGGCCCCAACUCUUUCCCCAGCCCUAUCCAUGACCCCCACCCCCCACCUUGCCUACACCCCAUCCCCCUCCAUGUCCUCCCCUAUGUUGGGCUCCCAUUUCUCCUUCAACCCGGAGGACAUGAAGCACUACCUGCAGGCUCACACCCAGUCCGUCUACAACUACCACCUCAGCCCCCGAGCCUUCCUCCACUACCCCAACAUCGUCAUCCCUCAGCCCCACCGCCCGUCCCUGGAAAAGUCGGCGGCCCAUCACCUCCACGGCCCACCCCUGCCGCUCUUACAUCCGCUGAGUCAGCAGCAAGGAGGCGGAGAGGAGGGGCAGCAGCAGCACCCGUCACCAUUCAAGUUCAAGCUGCAGCCGCCUCCAUUGGGGCGCAAACAGAGAGAUUCAGGGAGCUCAUUGGCUGCUUCUUCAUCCUCCUCCUCCAGCCAGUCAUCCCCGUUCAUAGGGUCUGCUCAUUUAAACAACGCAGGGCCUCCAAAGAUUAAGGUGGAGCCCAUAUCAGAUAUUGAGUCAGAAGAAGAGGUGGAGGUGACCGACAUCAGCGAGGAGGAGGAGCUCAAUCACAUUGAUGAUGAUGAAGGGGACAUCUUCACCCGGACAGCUCGUCACAAUCAUCAUCAGCUCAACAACCAUCACCGAGCUCACGGAAACAGGAUCAGGCUCUCUGCCCCUCCACAAACCAGCCCUGAGGAAGACCCUGACGAUGACGAGGAGGUCUUCAAGACUCCCGCAACUCCUAUCGGCAGCAGCGGCCUCGCCUUCCCUCUGCUCGCCCUGAAGAGCGAGCCGGGCCAGGCAUCUCCCAUCAGCCCCGGAGGCACGCGUUGCAUCCCGCUCAAACUUCGCUUCAAACGCCGCUGGAGCGAGGACCAGAAGAUGGAGGCUGACGGAGAGAGGGACGAGGCGGAGGACAAGAAAGUGAGGGCUGACGGAGAGGAGGUGGUGGAGGGGAAGAGAGAGGAGGUAGGCAGGAGAGGGGGGGAGAUGGAGAACGGGGGAGGACGAGGAGGAGGUGUUAUUUUGGGGUUGAUGCUACCGCCCCCUCCCACCCAGCGCAGAGCGAGCUCAGAGCUGCAGAGAGCUACAGCGCAGCUGUCUCUGGAAAACACGGGCUGCUGAGCUUCACGCGCACAUACAGGGGAGGAUGAAACCGAGACACAAACACAGCUCUCUGAAUCUUACACAAACACUUCAUAGAUUUACAUAGACCAUAAUGCCUUGUGGCUCCUAGUCCAGCAAACGUAAACAGAACAUGUUCUCGUCUGAAAAAGCGACAUUGAGUGAUAAUGAAAAUAUAAUUCAUUGUUCUUUAGUGUUUAUCUGAACAUGAUGAUGUAUCGUUGGAAGGUUUUGGGCACUUUUUACUGAUCUUCCAGCCCCAGCAGUUUCACAGGUUAUAAUAAGAGUAAAGAUCAGUGAUCAGACUUUAAGGUUUCCUUAAGCUCAUUCAGCUUUUAACCAGCAGUCUCUGUUACCAUUAAACAUAUGUUUCUUACUUAGUAACUGUAGUUUUCAAACAUUUUAAUACAAACAAACAAAAAUACCAGGAGCUUAGGCCUGGUGGGGUAAACUUUCUAGGUGGAAACCGUGAACUUCUUAAAUAACAGAAAUCUCAAUCUGUUCCCAACAUACAUCUACAUAUUCAAGAGAUAGUAAUGAACAAUAUGAAGGUGUUUUCACAGCCUGAACUCCUUUUUUCUGGUGGUCUUCAAGAAGUCACUGGACAUGAUGGUCAAUAUAAAACUAUAAAAACAUGUGUGCUUAUGUAGCCUCUGUUCCACUGCAACAAAAGAUACCAAAAGCUGCAGCAGAGAACCUGUGUAUUUACAUUAGACUCAAACUAAAGGAAUGAGUUCUUCAAAUCUUUUAGGAAGGGCCUUCUGAACGCCUCCUUGCUCUCAUCGUUCCAGUUAGGCCAUAAAACUCACACCUGUGUCUCCGCUUGCAUCUUUAGAGGUUCUAUUUGUUCAUCUGACGCAGUUAAACAAAUCCCCUUAAGAGUAAAAACUCGGUCUCACUUGUACAGCGGUGGAUUUGAUUAAUUUCCACCCCCACAUCUGGCCCACUUGAAGUUAGUGAGCCGUCCUCCUCCUCUUCCCCCCCCUCCAUUAUUUUCCUCAUCUGUACUCACACUUAACAGACAGAUCCUAACGUUACUAAGAAACACUUUUACCAGCCCUGAUAGAGAUUACAGAAGUGCCUCUCUGUCUGCACCCAUCAGCAUGCAGUCACUUAAAAGAUGGAGGGCAGUGAGAGGGAAUGAAAUGCUCCGAUGGAUCUUAAAGAGAUGAAGAGGAAUAAUCUUUUUCCCUUUCAAGAGGUGAUUAGAAAGAACCCUCCAAUCAGUCUUUUCUCCCGGAAGCAGCUCGGACACCACGAGACGGCUUCAUCCUCAGCUCAUCACUACAGUGUAAAAAAGACUUUGAACGAGGGUGGGAUCCUGAGAACAGUCCAACCAAGUCAUCAAGAUGAACUCUGACCUCUCACGCGGCAUUCAGAGACGUUUGAUAGCCGGAGAAUGUCACUUGGUUUUAAAUGUACAGAAGAGGAAAAAGAAAAACAAACAGCUGGCCCUCCGAGGAAAGUGCCGGAUUAUUUUGCUCCUUUUCUCAUCACUUGCAGAGGAAGUGAGGAAGCAGCUUCUCGUAAGGCUGUAAUUACACACACUUGUCUCUGGAUGUGUGUGUGUGUGUGUGCGCGUGUGUGCGCGCGUGUGUGUGUGUGGGGACCCAAAGCCUCGAGGAUGCAGAGAGUGUCCCUGCUCGACUUCGCACAAUCUUUGGAGGGGUACCGGUAACCGUUGUGUUUUUUCUCCCUCGAACAAACAGAUCAACCGCUCUCUUCAUUCCCCCUGUUUAUUUCAUCUUGUUCUUUUUGAUGCUCGUGCCUCGUACAGACUCGGACAGUAUUUUCUUUUUUUGGGGGCAUUUGCAGUGAUCUGAGGACUUAUAAUCUGUCCAUGUGAUGUUUCAAGGAAGAAACGAGUGGUUGACUGUUUAGGGGAGCGUGUAACGAAUGUCGAGCAUCAAGGUUAACUCAGGCAAGCCGUCACUGAGAUAUCGAUAAACGACUUAUUUUUACUACAAUGUUUUAUUAAAUCUGUUCAACUAGAGAGGAAAAAAGCCCAUUUUAACGAACAAAGAAAAUAUAAAAUUGUGCCUUUUUCUAAGCCAACCUGAGUUUUAUGAAACAGCCCCAGCAAAAUGUUUGACACCAACACACAACCGACAUGCCUUCAUCUUUUUGUAAAAGAGAGAGAGAGAAAAAAAGUAAAUCUACACAUAUAUAUUUUAUUCAAAUAUAUAUUGAAUUCAAAUAUUAUAUUUCAAUAUGGUCAUUUGAUACAAAUCCGAGGAGACUCCUGCUAUUUUUAACGGUAAAGAUGUGUAUAUAUUCUAACGGGCAUAUUAUUAUUAAUACCAGUAUAAUUCAGCCUUUGCCUUCUCACCCUUGCCUUCUCUCGACCGUUGAGCUGCAGCCACAAAAGCCCACCAGUGUCAGAGUUUUAUAUUUAUAUUGUUAAGAUAAAACAACAGUUAUUGUGCAUUCAGGGGAUUUAAAAAAAAAACCACCAACAACAGACCCGGGUCAAGUCAUCCUAACUUUGUCAGUAGGUGUGUUUGUCUAAGCGUACCUAGAGUCACAGCUGGGCGGGGUUUACACAGUCACAGGUGAAUUACACUUUUUGUCAGUGAAAUAACCCCACCCGUCUGCAACAGUUUCACCCACACGUGCUUAAAAAAAACCGGUGGAGGCGCAGGAUGUAACGGGACCGGUCUCGUGUGUGUUCAGAGCAGACUGAUUCUGAUUGGACGACUCAGAUUCUCCUGAUAUGACUGGACUUUAGAUUGAGAGUGGACUCUGCACUCAGCUCCAACUCUGUGUGAUCAGAGUGCAUAUGGGCUUGCCUUAACCCUACACACACACACACACACACACACACACACACACACACACACACACACACACACACACCAUCCUGGUUAGAGUGAGGCUUUACUGUGGCUAGAAUAAAGGGAAACAUGACAUCACACGCCCCCACAGUCUCUCCGGAGUAGACGGCAAACCAUGGAGACUACGCACAUACACUAUUAGAAACACAUUUCCACACACAUACACACACACACUAUUAAACACACAAUUACACAGAACACAUACUCUCACACACAGAGGAAAUGACAUCACAAACCUCUGUGGAGAAAGAGGGACUUCCCAUAAUCUGACUCGAUCAUUUUGAGCUGCGUGUGUGUGCGCGAGUGUGUGGUUUCUAUGGUUACAGCCUUCGACACAUGCACAAUUAUUGAAUACACUUUGUGCCAGAUAGUCUAAAGUCCCUGCCUCGGUUGCAAAGUCCCAAAUUAGUCGUCAGACCAGCUCCAGUCUUGUGUGUGGAUUAAACACACACAGUCGUUUUGAAAAGGUUCUUUUUUUUUUUUUUUAAACCAACUUUCUAAAAUCUGUUCUUGUGAUUGGCUUCUUCCUUCCGCUUCUUAUAUCAGUCAUCCAGUGUCAGCGGAGGUUGCAUACAGAGCCUGGUGAAAAACACUCGAGGAAACUUAAAGGACACAAAUCAUAGAGAGGAAAACAUCCACCACGUGUACCUGAACGUUACACCUGCGCUGCCUUACCUGUGGUGUUACUAUAACAAGAGAAUAACUGUUUCCCCGUUGGGUUGACAUCUCAGCCUUUGACUUAGUUCUGAUCCUUUUCUCCUCUACUUUUCAGACAUAUUACUGUUACUCUUGUAAUUAUUAUAUUAUUAACUUUUUGAUUCUUUUGUACCCUCUCGCUGCGGCCCGCUCUCUUCUUCAUGAACGACUGGUUUUUCUGUGAGUUUUUUGUUCCACUUUGCACUCUUUCCCAUGAACUUCAACCAGUUGGCUCCAGUGCAGUCUUUUCUUUUUCUUUUGUACUCACGCUGAUUUUAUAACCGUGUUAAAGAGGAGGGUCACGUAAUCCCCGCAUGAUAUACAGCAGGGGAAGAAACAUUUGUUUUCAUUUUUUGAUGUUGUGUAUAUAUUUUAUUUUUUUCAAUUUUUGGAGGAUUGUGUAAGAAAAAAGAGCUUUGUACUGUUUAACCAUGUAUUAUUUGUAAUGUUCUCUCUCUGUCUCUCCUCUCUCGUCCGCCUCGACGGUGAGCUGUCACUCCAGAGGAGGGGCGGAGACUUUUUGUUUUUAUCAUGGAGGAACCGCCUGUACUUCUGUUUCUCUUCUAUCUGUUCAUCUUCAUUUGUAAUUAAACAAUAAUCAGGGUUCAUUAAAAAAAGGUCAAAAUGGAA